GGCCAGCCGCAUCCAAAAUAGCGCGGUCUGUCUGCUACGCACAUGGCUACACUAUACUUUCGUUGAUGAUCGAACAGCGGAGAUGAGCAGCUCUUCCUUUCAAGCGGUGACGACCGCUUUCCGCAAGACCUUCGACGUGGCGCCGAAAAACAUAGCGAAAUGGUUUCCCACGCAUAUGUACACAGGCAUGAAAGACAUGCAGCGCAAGCUCAAGUCAGUGGAUUGUGUCCUGGAACUUCACGAUGCUCGGGUUCCGUUGAGUGGCCGGAACCCGCACUUCCUGUCCAUGAUAGCGGCCAUCAAGCCUCACGUCUUGCUUCUCAACAAGUCUGACCUCGCCGACCCCAACCACAAGGCGACCGUUGACCAGCAGUUGCGUGACCAGGGCACGCAGAACAUCCUCCACAUCCGCAGCACGGAGCCCAUCCGCAACGUUGAUAGGAUUGUGCCCAUGGUUGCAGACCUGAUUCGCCAGUCCGGAGCGCUACAACCGACAAGAGGUACGACCAUACCUCUCCCAUAUCAAUGCAACAGUGCUGUGUGCAGUGCCAUCUGA